AUGCGUUUCUCUCAGUUCCUUCUUGGUGCCUUGGCCACCGUGGCCUUUGCUGCUCCCUUGAAUCUCAAAGCGCCAGGCCGUAACGGCACAGAAUAUACAUCUGAGGUUGAGCCCACUGAGAAACGCAAGCGAGGCCGUAACGGAACAGAGUAUACAGCUGAGGUUGAGCCCACUGAGAAACGCAAGCGAGGCCGGAACGGAACAGAGUAUACAUCUGAGGUUGAGCCCACUGAGAAACGCAAGCGAGGCCGUAACGGCACAGAAUAUACAGCUGAGGUUGAGCCCACUGAGAAACGCAAGCGAGGCCGUAACGGCACAGAAUAUACAGCUGAGGUUGAGCCCACUGAGAAACGCAAGCGAGGCCGCAACGGUACUGAGUACGGCAAGGUUGUCGAAGACGACUCGACUGAAGCUUCUGUCUAG